UUUUAUUUGAGUUACAGCCGCCGGCAUGGAACGUUGGCAUAACUGCGUAGCGGUGGUGACCGGCGCUAGUUCGGGAAUCGGAGCAGAAAUCGCCCGAAAACUUAUCUCCGCUGGCGUGGUGGUUGUCGCCCUGGCCCGGCGCCUGGACCGCUUAGAGCAGCUGCGUCAGGAGCUGCCGGAGGAUCGGCGAUUGCGAUUGCGCAUCAUGCAGUGCGAUGUCUCGGACGUGUCGUCCGUAAACGCAGCCUUCGACGCGGUGCAGCGGGAUCUGAGCGGCGUGGACAUUCUGAUCAAUAACGCCGGAAAGCUAUCCGGCGGACAGCUGUUGACAAUGUCGGUGGACACUGUGCAGCAGGUGGUCCAGACGAACGUAAUGGGCGUGGUCUACUGCACCCAGCGCGCCUUCGAAUCGAUGCGGCAGCGACAGUCCGCCGGUCAUGUGGUGCUCAUCAACAGCAUUGUGGGCCACUACGUCUUCAAUCCGCUGCCCGGCAGCCAGCAGGAGCUCAACAUGUACCCGGCCACCAAGCACGCGAUCACCGCUCUUACCGAGCUCUUUCGCCAGGAGAUGCGAGAAUUCAAGACCCAAGUCAAGGUCACGAGCAUCAGUCCGGGACUGGUGGACACAGAGCUUGUGCCUUUGGACUACAAAAGGCUGCCCAUGCUGCAGGCGGAGGAUGUGGCAAAUGCCAUCAUGUAUGUUCUGUCGACGCCUCCGCAUGUCCAGGUGCACGAGCUGACCAUCAAGCCCAUGGGCGAACCCUUUUAGGACACGCCUGCAUUGCUCCACUUUCGCUGCUAAAUAUUUAACUAUGAUGGCUUUUAAUUUCCCAACUGAAUAAUUCGCGAACUGCACAGAAAUAAAAUAAACCGAUCCAAUGGCUCUGCCUUGGAAAGGAAUGUGACAUUUUCAGUGUACCUACUGAUAUUAUUAACUUUGGCGCUUAAGAUAGAUAUGCAUAUCGAAAUUUGUAAACCAUUUUUUGUAUUAUUUGUAUUUUUGAAGGAUAAAGAAACUUUAAAUUCGAGCUCGAGCUCGAAGGCAGUUCAAAAAGAAUACCUGCUUCUUUCCACGUUUUACUACUUCUCUAUUUUGAGAUUAUGCUAUACAUAUAUUAUUAUGUUAUACGUUA